AAAUCCUCUGUUGUGUUCCCAUACGAAAUACUUAAAUGCGAUUCUGUCACUUCUAACCCUCAGAGGCGGAGAGAAAGAAGUUUGCUAAGACCGAAAUGAUUUUCCAUUACAACUGCAGAAAGACCAGUUAGCGAGUUCCCAUUUUGCAAACGUAAUAAAAUUGAAAACUUUCAUCUCAGCAAAUUGAUUUCAGUCAGAUUCAGAAAGGAAGAAUGAAGAGGAGGGGGAAAAAAUCAUUAGAUCAUUGGAGCAUGACUGUACCGUGGGACUUUAGGAAUUUGCGUAUAGCGGUGAGAACACACACACAGGCUCCUGCUUCACUUUUAUUAAUUCAUUCACUCACUCAUCCUGUGACUUUGUGAAGAAGAUUUUUGCAUUAGGGAAGGGCAUGUGGGUAAAUACAAAGCCAGACUGAAGAAGAAAGGCAGACUGUGAUACAAAUUGGCAGCAAAAGCAAGACUGGAUGGACUGAUAAAGAAGGCAUGAAUAAAUUGUUUUAUGACUCAAGAAUUUAUGCACAUCUCUAUUUUAUUCUUUUGUUUUCUAGAAAACUUGUUUUCGCCUCCAUUUGACUAUCUAUUUGCAGAUUGCCGGAAGGUAUUUAUCUGUCAUUAAGGACUCUCAGCCAGCAGUUCAUUUAACACAUACAUGCCCUCAGAACUCCUGAGAAAUAAUUGCCAUUAUCACCAGCUAGACUCCACAUAGUCUCACGCUCUCUUUUGGAUGUAUUGUAGCCAUAUGGUAUCACCUCUGGAAAUUAGAGUUGCACUUUUGUGUUGCUAGUUGGCUAUCAUUCUCUUUUUCUUUCUCUGUAUCGAUUGAGCUCGGUUCUUUCUCUUGUGAUGAUGUGAGGAAGGGAGAGCGAAGGAGGGGGAAAAGAGGAUACUGGAGGUGUUAGAGGUGGCUCUUGUUUGUGUAGAUGGAAUAAUUAACGCUCAUUAAGAGGGUGAUGAGAGGCUUAGGGGUGAUGCUACUUGUUAGGAUAAUUAGAGUCAAAUAGGCCUCAUUAUGCAAAUUGGGAGGAAGUGUGAUUCUGUCAGUGUUUACCUGAACUCUGUCAUACUGAUGACCUCAGAUAGAGAUGACGGUGUCGAGUGAAGCACAGCAUCUAAAGAAAAGCAUAAUGAGCUGUUAUAGGGUGAGAGGAAAUAGAAAUAAAAUAAGCAAUGAUCUAUUUAAGAGAUGCGAAGGCGAAAAACGAGUAAUGAGAUGACAGAAACGAGGGAGGAUGGAUGAAAUCUGUAAUCUGUAAUCAGAUAUAAGCUCUGAGGGCAAUAAAGAAGCCGCUCCAUUUUCAGGGAAAUGAAAUGUUUCUCAAAUUAUUUUACCGUAGAGAGAUCGCUGGAUAAGCCUUUCAGGCCAACUCUGUCACAGAAAGAAAAACAUCUCUCUGUAUAAUAGGAUGGGUGAAAAUAAUAUAACAAAAUACGAUGCCCUCCAAGCAGCAGUGUCAAAGCUAACACCGUGAAGACCGCUCCAUGUGUAUUUUCCGUUCCUCUAGAGAGCACUUGCGUGGUGGCCUGCAAAGCAUUUUAAAGCGCCAGAAGCCGAGACUGGGAAAUGUCUCAGUGUGUGAGAGCAGGGGCGGAGGCAGCGAUCUCAUUCCCAGGUUCUCCUCAUCCUUGCCCACGUACCUCCCUGUGUCCUGCCAACUGCAGGGUGCAGAGUCAUCCUUCUUUCUCCGGGAGGCCACACAGGAAGUGAUGCGUAACGGGAGCUUGCAGACACGCAGUGAGCCUCUCUUUCUCCACUUGCCCGAAUCUGGCCCCGCUCCCCUCUUGUCGGUCAACUGUAGCUAUGGCAAUCUCACCGCAGAGGCUCCGGUACCUCCAGAGCUCCUCCAGGGGGCGCUGCCUCGUUCUUUCUACACCUCUACACACCUGACGCUGGGCUGGAAGGUGAGAGCACAUCUGGUGAGCAGGAGGAUAGGAGUCGAUCGGCCUCAAAUCCAGGUUUUGUUUUAUCUGGCGGGCCGCAGGUGGGAGGAUGUGGAUCCUCCAGCGGAACUGCUGCCGUGUAUCCGUGUUGUUGGGAUCCGCGAUCCGGGGGAAGGUUCUGUAUCGAGUGCCUGCCGACUGGAGGGAAACCUGGGGAUCUGUGUAGCCAAGCUUGGCAUUCCUACAACCUGGUUCAAUGCUCCUCCACCACGUAGACGCAUGCAGGAGCCCAUUCCAGUCACAGUGGAGUUGCACUACUCCAUUCUCCCUCCAGAGGCCCUGGGAAAAGAGUGUGUGGCGGGUAGGCUGCAAGGAAAGGCUGUAGGCCAGGAAGGGGAUAUGCAGAGGAUUGGGACGGUGACUCUCACCACUGGGGACAACAAAGUGCCCAGAAACCGACUUAGACUGGAUGGAGACGUUGAGAUACUGGCGCCCCCCAGCCCAGUUAAACAGGGACAGACGGUGGGAUUUCAAGUACUAAUGAAUUCGGCUGCCGCCACUGAGCAGUUCACACUGAGAGUCCAGUAUGGGGAAGGCAUUCAUUUCAUGGUGGUGAAGCCCAGUAAUCUGGCAGCGUGGGAAAUCAAGCAAGAAGUAGUGCCUGGCUCCUCCUCCCUGACCAUGUUCUGCCAAAGGAAGGCCAGCUCCACCAAUGAGAAACUUGAUGGUUCCUUCUAUGAGAUCAUGUGGGUGGACUUUGAGAUUGACAAUUUCAUCAACCUGCGGUCAUCGCAAUCCAUCCGCUGGCAGAUAGAGUAUCCCUCCACUGGAGCGUCUGCUGAAGUCAUCUCCACCAUCUACAUCAUCCAGAGGGACCUACAGGGUAUCGUACCCAUCCCGGAGGACACAGAGAUCCUGAACACAGCGAUUCUGACCGGACGGCGCGUUGCCAUCCCGGUCAAGGUUGUUACCGUGGAGCAGGACGGAACGGUGAGAGAGGUUGAUGACCCCGUGACCUGCAUCUCCACAGAUGAGGACGUCCUCAAGGUGUCUCUUGGUUGUGAUGAGGUGUUGGUGAACGGGAAAGAGAAGAAUGGGCAUAUCUCUCUUCAAGUGAACUUUACCUACCUCUAUUUGACCAGCCAAUUAGAGCUCACCGUCUGGGUGCCACGGUUACCGCUCCAGAUUGACGUCUCUGAUGCCGAACUCAGCCAAGUCAAAGGAUGGAGGGUACCCAUCAUCACCAACAAGAGGCCGACACGGGACAGCGAGGAUGAUGAGGAGGAUGAGAGGAAGGGCAGAGGCUGUGCCUUGCAGUAUCAGUACGCUCUGGUGCGUGUUCUCACACACUUUGUUGCCGAGCCAGUUGGCCAUGGUGGGGAGCUUGUGCACAUGCUGGGUUCCGAUUGGUCAGCAGACAUCACAGAAAUGGUCCUGGACUUCCUGAAAGUGGAAGAUACAAGCAUUGCCAGACUAAUUGAUGGAAGGGUGCUGGUGGGAAGAGACCCGGGCAUCACCAAUAUACAGGUGAUAUCUCCCUUUUCUGACUCUAUUCUGGCUGAGAAGACCAUCACAGUGGUGGAUGAUAAAGUGACCAUCAGUGAUCUGGGAGUUCAGCUGGUGGGCUCUUUGAGUCUCUCACUGCAGGCCAGUUCCACCAACAACAGAGCCUUCUACAUCACAACCACUGCUCAGGACCUGUUGCACACACCCAAACAGGAAGCCAUUAUCAGUGCAUGGAUUCAGUACAGCGAUGGCUCUGUGACUCCUCUUGACAUCUAUGACCCUAAAGAUUUCACUGUAACCAUCACCUCACUGGAUGAGAACGUGGUCUCCACCUAUCAGGAUCAGUCCCAGCGCUGGCCUGUGGUAGUGGCAGAAGGCGAGGGGCAGGGAGCGCUACUGCGCGUGGAGAUGAUGAUCUCAGAAACCUGCCAGAAAUCCAAGAGAAAGAGCAUUUUGGCGAUGGGGAUAGGAAAUGUACAGGUGAAGUUCGGACAGAACGACCUGGAGCAGAGGAGUGGAACACAGGAGGAGAACAGUCUGGACAACAGCACAAACGAACAGAAACAUAAGCUUCUAGAAGCGGAUAAAACAAGUGGAGGAGAUAGCUGGAAAUACACAAACACCGCAGUGGAACGAGAAGAGUCGGUCCUAAAGAAGGUCAGCACGACUGCAAAGACUCCGCUAACCAGUCGUUCCGGGGGCAGCAAGCAGGGUGGGGGGCAAAACAACAACCCUGUGGACUAUACCAGUUUCCCAGCGCAGGUGGACCUACCUGGCGGGGCGGACAGCGACUUGACACAGGCUCCGAGAGGUCUGUCAGACCUGGAAAUUGGCAUGUAUGCCCUGCUUGGAGUCUUCUGCCUUGCUAUCCUCGUCUUCCUCAUCAACUGUGUCAGCUUUGCCUUCCGCUACCGCCACAAAGAGCUUCCUGUACUGGAGCAGGGCAACAUGAACCAUGCCCACGACUGGGUGUGGCUAGGUAACGAAGCGGACCUGAUGGAUCAUCACGGCGACCACGGGCCACUGGCACACAACGAUGAGUGCACUACCGCGAUAGAUCGCAACGAAGGCUGCGAGGAGAGCAAGUACCUCCUCAACGGGAGCAGCGUUCAGAAAAGUGGACGUGGCAUCCCCCAAGUGCACUCUGAUCCACGGUCCUGUUCGGGAAACGACCCCAGUGGAAAAAUCGAGCCCCUUAACAACUCUCCCAGCGCUGCCAAGCGCAAAAGGGUCAAGUUUACUUCCUUUGCCACCGUACUACCAGACGAAGGCGGGCCGUACACCAACUCCAUCCUUAUCGGGAAUGAAGACGACAUCAAGUGGGUCUGUCAGGACAUGGACCUGGGACAGUCAGCCGAGCUCAGGAGCUACAUGGAGAGACUGCAAGACAAUCUGUAGGAGCCGGGAAGAGAACGACAGAAAGGGAAAGGGAGAGGGUGGACACAAAAACUCACCAGAAAUGCCUUUGCACUGUGGGGGGAAUACAGGGAGGGAGGAAUUAUUAAAGAAUCGAAAGUGGAUGCAAGCAGGGAGCAGGAAGGAACAAAAUCCUUUGGGAGUCUUGAGUUAAGUAGAAAAUUCACAAAAAGGGGAAACGGGUGAAAAGAGACUGGCACGUUCAUACUGGCUCCGCCGAGCGGUCCAGGUGGCAAAGAGGGAGCAGCUGCCAAUUGGCUAGCACAGGGACAGAACGCCAGUUACCGACAUCCCGAAUAAACAAGCCCAAACAAGACCAGUGAGAGACAGAAAGAAAGGAAACGAACUUGACAGCUGUACAGAAAAUCGCAGUCCAUGGAAGUCGAUAAAUGGGAGUUGUUAUCGCUAAUGUAACGUAGUGUUUUGAUUUAUCUCGAUUCAGAUCAUUGGGACGUAUACAACAGAUCUUAUUUUUUGAGAUAAUCCCAGGUUUUUUUGUUUUUUAGAUUAGUAUGUAACUAGACCAAAACAGGCCCUCAAAGCACCCGGCCUGCCCCAGAUCCAGGUGUGUUUGUUUUUUGUUUUCCGCUCAUUUUGUACUGUCUGUCCCUCCUGUGUGAAUUCCGAGAGAGCUGGGGUGCAAGGACGCGUGGGAUUCCCCCUGGCUGGAGUCUGUACCAGCUGUAUCUGCACACACACACUGUUUAAGAAGUCGAAAGACACCAAAACACAACAGUCCUCCCUUUCCAUCUCUCCUCUAGGAGAAAAACACAAGACAUCAAUGAUGAAAAGCAACAUGUGAAUAAAAAGACUCCUCAUGCACUGUUCAUUUGAUCAAGUGAAUGUGGGAAAAAAGGGACUGAGGACUUAUUUUGAGUCCCAUCGGGGGGUUGUUCAUUUGCACAAUAAGAAUAAUACAGAAAGUGCAUAGAGCGGCCCUCAGCUGAUCUUCAGACUGUCCUUACAGCAACUGAUCCAGACGUGCAACCUGAACAUGAGACGGACCGUGUAGAAAUACAAGCCCACAAAAUUGAGUUGUGUUUGUUAUAAAACCAUAUGAUUGCUGUGAUAGGAAAAUAUACAAGAGUAGAUAUGGUCUAUUACUCUCCACUACGGUAAAUGUAUGAAUGUUUCUCUUUUUAUUGAGGCGAAAUGUACAUCGUUUACCCCCUUUUUACAUGGCCGGAGCACCUGCCCAUGGUUUUUACAUGUCCUAUAGGUAUUAAAGCAACUUUCUAUUUCUGCCUCACUAACCCCAGCAUUUACCCGGCUCCUUGAAUCCUUGUUGUUUGUAUUACUGAAGAGUUGUAGGGAAGGACUGAUGUGGAAACCUUUUCUUUGAAAGCUCAGGUGAAAAUACGCUCACAGAUGAACAGUGGUAGAAUUCAAAUGUAGGUUGUAAGAAUGCAAUAUUUAUUUGUAAGUGUAAUAUGAGAUAGGAUGUAAAUAAAAUGAUUCAAAAUUUCUUGUGGACACUGCAAGAAGGCUUUCACAAUCGACACACAGAGUCAUGAGGCCAUUUGAGUGUAUCAUAUUUUAUGUUCAAAUCCGAUUUCCCCCCGAAGGAAUAAAAAGAUAGGUUUUAAUAUGUUAAGACAUGUCAUUGGUUCUGUCAGAAAAUCAGAUUCCCCUUUUACACAGGGUACGGUCUUUUCCUUUGAUAGAUUAUUUCUGUUUGUUUCAAAGGUGUUUGAUUCAGUUAAAUCUGCUUUCUUAAAUAUAUUUUUUUGCAGUUUUAGUUAAAGCUACAUUAGAAGUAGGGUAGAGCAGAUUUAAUUGUAAUUGGAAAGUAUUUAUAUAAAUAUAGAAGGAAAAAUGUCUCUCUUUUUAAACCAUUUUCCAAUUACAUUUUUGCCUUUUUAAAAUAUUUUUUAGAGUACAAUUAUUCCAUGUAGCAUCUCAGUUGCUAAAAAUAUGUAUUCAUUUUUAAUUUAUAAAAAAUAAUUAAAUGAAUAUUUAUAAUAUUAAUAUUUAAUUUAUUAAAAACAAUUCAUUAUUUUUUAAAUGUUUUUAUAUCAAGUUUUUUUGUUAUCAGUUAUAUGAAAUGCGAGAACAGACUUUUAACUUUAAUAUUUUACCUUUUAACUUUAUGCAUGUCUGUUAAUAAAACUGUCCAUUAUUAUUAUUAUUAUUAUUAUUAUUGUGAAUUUAUUAUUACAUUUAAACCUGCUCUCUCCUAUUGAAAUUGUUAUGAUUUGUCUUAAGCAACGUAUGAAUGCACUAAUUUGACGGAAAUGCUUAAAGAUUUUGAAAUGUUUAAGAAUUUGACAGUUGUUUUAAAGGACGGCAGUUUGAAACAAAAACACAACUUCAUUCCAGUGGCCACAAGUAAAGGGAGGCGAUUUUGAACUCUUUUCUUUUAUAAACAUACAUACCUCAUUUAGUCUGAGGUGGAGUGACAGGAUGUCUUGUUUUCCAGGUGUCCUUAUGGGAUUUGAUGGACUUUUACUGUAUGAAGUUUCAUUUUGUUCUGGCCUUGACUCUUGGUACAGCAGAACGACUGUUUUCUUAUUAAGUUUCUUGGUUUAAGCACUAUCCAGUUUAUUGUCCGUUGUGACUGUAAAUUAUGGAGAAACCAUAUAAUAGAAUGUGAGAGAGAUAUUGAGCUCAUGUGUUUGCCAAGGCCAUCGCUGACACCUCUUCAACCAGAAUAAUAUACUGGAUUGUAACAAUAACGCUCUUCGUUCACCAUCCACAUGAGGCCUUAGAUGCAGUGUCACAAUGUCUGAUGACUCAAGAUGGAGAACAUGAACUCAUCUUUAUUCCACAGUCAUUCGCUUAUUGAUAUUCUGAUAUGUUUCCUAAAUGCUCAUACUGUGCAUUUUCUCAUAAACCGUGUCGUAUCCUGCUAUAUGAUUCCAUGUUUUCAUAUAAACAUAUUCAUCUGAUAAAACUGCUUCGUGUCCAUGUACACAAAUCUAUAUUUUCAUAUAAAUACGUUUUAGCACCUGAAGACGCCAUGAUUUUGUACAAAUAUACAGAUCGAAAAGCAGAAAGAAUACCGGAACACCUGCAAUGCUCUCCGUUCUCAUUUUACGGAAGUACCGACAUCCGUUAACGUCCCUUUGCUGGUAUUUGUUGAGUAUGACCCUCAUUUGUGUACAUGCUUUCUCAUUAAAGAUGUUGCCUACUGACAUGGA